GUAAUCAAAGCUGAUAGAUUUCUUAUUAAACCUCCGAACCCAGAUCAGUUUCUCUAUGCGACCAAGGAAAUGGGAAAAGGAACAGGGAGCUUUGGGAAGAGGAGGAACAAGACCCACACGCUGUGCGUGCGAUGCGGACGCAGAAGCUUCCACCUCCAGAAGAGUCGCUGCGCCGCCUGUGCUUAUCCCGCAAGCCGCGUCAGAAAAUAUAACUGGAGUGUGAAGGCUAUCCGCAGAAAGACCACUGGAACUGGCCGUAUGAGGUACCUCCGUCAUGUGCCACGCAGGUUCAAGACUAACUUUAGAGAAGGUACUCAAGCAACCCCAAGGAACAAGGAACAACCGCAGCCCCUUAUAGUUUAGAAGGGCAAUAUUAUACUUUUUAUUUUAUAUUAUUUUCCUUAAUUCUCAAACCAGAAAAAAAACCUAUAAAAAAAAAAUUAGAGCAUUGUUUAGUGUUUUUUUUUUUUUUAAUGUUGGAGAGUUAAAAGUAUCCCUGCUUUAUUUUGACAAUCAAUGGUAAUUACUUUAAACUGGUCUGUUUUCUCU